CUCCACGCGCAAAACGACAGAGGCGAAUCCGAGCCCCACAGGCCACAUCGCCUCGUAUGCUUCGCACGUGCCCGCGUGUCGGCGGCGGCGGCCGGCGAGGAGGAGCCCUCAUGGCCUCCCUCAUCCACUUCCUCCCUUCCUCCGCCUACUCCUCCUCCCAUCUCCCGCCCAAGCCCCAGCAGCCGCCUCGGCCAACUCCCACUCCCGCCACCGCGGCGGCGCGCCCGUCCCGGCUCCGCCUCCUGUUCGCGCGCGCCGCCGCGCGGCGCGACCCCGAGCCUUUGCCGUUCCCGGCGGAGGCGCCUCCGGAUCCCGCGGUCGAGGAGAGGAGGUCGCUGGCGGUGAGGACCGGGGAGCUGUUCCUGGGGCUGGCGGCGCUGCUGCUGCGCGGGACGGGGGCCAUGCGCGGGCGCGGCGGGGCGUCGGUGGAGGAGGUGGAGGCGAGGGACGGGGUGGUGUGGGAGCAGCGGCCCGAGGACGUGGAGGCCGAGAGGCGGCGGCGGGAGCUCACCACCCCCGGGUUCAGCUUCUCCGCGGCCGGGCUGCUCUUCCCCUACCACCUCGGCGCCGCGCAGUGCCUCAUGGACAAAGGCUACAUCACUGAGAGAACUCCGUUAGCUGGCUCAUCAGCUGGUGCCAUAAUCUGUGCAGUGAUUGCAUCUGGAAACACAAUGCAAGAUGCUCUGCAGGUGACUAAAGAUCUAGCUGACAACUGCCGGAGUAAGGGGACUGCAUUUCGUCUUGGGGCUGUGCUCAGGGAUGUCCUUGACAAGUUUCUACCGGAUGAUUUGCACAUCAGAUGCAACGGAAGGAUUCGUGUUGCUAUUACUCAGCUAUCCUGGAGGCCUAGGGGCUUACUAGUUGACCAAUUUGACUCCAAAGAAGAUGUCAUUAACGCUGUCAUUACAUCCUCUUUUAUUCCUGGAUACUUAGCUCCCAGGCCGGCAACUUACUUCCGUAACCGCCUAUGCAUUGAUGGGGGCCUUACAUUGUUUAUGCCACCCACUUCUGCUUCCGAAACAGUCCGAAUAUGUGCUUUCCCAGCCAACAGACUGGGUUUGGAAGGGAUUGGGAUUAGUCCAGACUGCAAUCCGGAGAACAGGGCUAGCCCAAGACAGCUGUUUAACUGGGCUCUGGAACCGGCGGAAGAUGAAAUUCUCGACAAGUUAUACGAGCUUGGGUACAUGGAUGCAGCUGUAUGGGUUGAGCAGAAAUCUAGUGAGUUGAUUGCGAAGAAUGAUCAACCUCUCGCUGUUGAAUGAGUCAAUCACCUUUGGUUCGCUCAGAACUGCUGGGUUCAUGUUCAUGGGAGUUCUAUACCUGUAAUAUAUUAUAAAGAUCGGAUUUUUAAGGAGAAGUACAUGAAAAGACGCCGGGAACUGGCCAUCAGUCGUUAGGCAUGACAACAACGCUGGAGGCAAGUUGAUAUUAGGGUUUACAGACUGAUCAGCGUAUUCAAAUGUAUAUAUUAGACAACGAGGUUUGACCUGAGAGCUCGUUUUGUAAUGGUACAGGGGAGUAAUGUUUCCACCUUGCGGACAGGCAACUCGCAUACAAACAACUUUCACAAAGUCAA